AUGCCUGAUACCUUUCGAGUCAAAGACCACCUUCAAUCCGACAUCGAAGCCGACGAUGUCGAGACGGACGACCAGACAUCCACCAUGGAUGAUGACAUCCUCACCCAAUCAGACCUUGACGAGAACGGAGACCCGAAAAGUCCUAGCAGUUCCAAAAAAGGAAAAAGUUCCCGAGACUCAAAGGGUGGUACUAAACCAAGGCGAGCAAGAACAGCUUUUACCUAUGAGCAGCUGGUUUCUUUGGAGAAUAAGUUUAAGACCACAAGAUAUUUGUCGGUGUGCGAAAGGCUUAAUCUUGCUUUAAGCCUUAGUUUGACGGAAACACAGGUCAAAAUAUGGUUUCAAAACCGUCGCACAAAGUGGAAAAAGCAAAACCCUGGUAUGGACGUCAACAGUCCCACAGUUCCACCCCCGGCGGGAGGCUUCCCGUCAGGGCCCUAUCCAGGAGGCCUUCUCUACUCCCACGGCGUGCCCUACCCCUUCACAGGUCCGGGCCCCUACGCGCCAUACUUCCACCACCUGGCUGCGAACCACCACCACUCUCACGGAUCCUUGGGUCAUUCCCACACGUGA